AUGGCUGCCUUUCAAGAGGAGGGCGGGGCCAAUCUGACUCAGGAUGUCAUGAUGGACAGAGACGCAGUUGGCCGUGUUGUGGACAGGAUGUUUGUCAGGGCGUCACAGGAAGUAGCAGGUUGUGUGCAUGCAGGGGGUCCAGAGGAGUUGUGCAGCCUCAUGUUCAGGCUCUUGGAGAGCGGUCAGACCGGUUGUGUGUCGUCUCGCUCUCUUCAGACGGCUCUGAUUGCUCUGUCUGCAGACAACCUGCUGGUGAAAUACACAAGUCUUGUGAGGGUUUCAGGAAACACUGCAGGAUCUGUCAGCAUGUCUGGACUCAGAUCUAUGCUCCAAGACCUCAGUCAGGUUCCGGCGGCGGUGCAGGAGGACGGUGUGUUUGGCAGCAUGGAGGCAGCUGUGAGCUCAUGCUUUAAGGAGGUGCCUGCUCUAACAGUGAGUGAAGAACACAUGUUGUCAUGGCUACAAAGUGAGCCACGACUGUUGCUAUGGUUACCAACACUGUACCGACUGUCAGUCAGUCAAAAGAUCAGUCAUGCCGUCCGCUGUCACACCUGCAAGACGUUUCCCAUCACCGGCCUCAGAUACAGGUGUAAAAAGUGCGUUAACGUCCACGUGUGUCAGAAUUGCUUUCUGACCAACCGACAGACCAGGAGGCACAGAGUCCACCAUCCAGUGGUUGAGUUCUGUACUCAGCCCACCUGGAGAGAGUCUCUGUCCUCGUUGGUGCGUAAUGCUCGCCAUGCCCUGUUACCACGGCGACAUACUCAGAGAGAAGCUUUUAGGACAGUUCUAAAGUGGGUGGAGCCAGGGGAGACCCAGAACAGAGCUCCGCCCCCUUCCGAUGCCUCAACACUAUUGGCUGACUUGGCUCAGAUUGCCCUGUCAGAUGAAGCUGUUUCCCAUGAUGCAUCAGUGCUGGCUCCUCCUCCUUCAUGCUCCUCUAAAUCUCUGCAGACAGACGAGGAUUUGCAGGGUCGCCAGGUGGCAGCAGGGGCGGAGCUACUGACUGAAGUCAGGAGCCUGCAGAGAGACAAGUGGCUGCUGGAGCAGCAACUGCAGGCAUGGAGAUUUGCCGUCCAAUCAGAACAGGGCGUCCUGGAGAACCGGUGUGCCGAGAUGGAGGUUACCAUGGAUACGCUCAGACAGCACAACGACCGGCUACAGGGGAUGCUGGCACAGGCUGUAAACAAGAUGGAGGCCCAACAACACGCCAACAACACGCUUCUGAGCUUUAACACAGAGCAUGCAGAUGGAGAGACCUCAGACACUGCAUCAACCUCAGAGGAGGAGCUAAAGGAGAGCGAGUGGGGCCAAAGCGAGCUGCAGACUCCAUCUCCCACAAUCCAGCAGGACGCAACUUUGUCACAUGACCUCAGUGAGGAGGAGGAGCCUGCGAUGAUGUGUCACAAUCAGCCAAUAGAGCAGCAGGGUUGGCCUGAGGGAGCAGGGUUAAAGAGAGAAGACGCCAUUUUGUCUAAAGAAAAGGAUUGUGGGAAGUGUAGUCCAGAACAGCUGCUGCAGGAAACUGUUGCCGGACUGAAGACAGAGAUGGACAACACCUUGGCAGACAGACGGACAGGUAAGAGACGGGAGGCGGAGCUUCUGGAGGCAGCAGAACAGGUGGGAGAUUCAGUAUGCCACCUGGUGGACGGUUUGAGAACAAACAGGCGACGCAGGUUCAGGUUAUAA